CCUCGCGCACCGCUGCAGUGAUCCUCUGCCCGCGCGCCGUCUCCGUUGUUGUAGUCAAUAUAAUGGCGGCCUCGGGAGGCGAAAUAUCAGGUCUUUCCACUAUCACCGGCCUGAGUUCCCAGGCACCGCCGGCCCGGGCUCGCUUCCCAGGUCGGCCGUUCUCGCUUCGUAGCAGGCUGCGCUCGGAGAAACGGACUCGACGCGGAAGAUUGGGUUCGGACUCCGGAGAGCUGGUCGCAGCCGGGCCGAGGCCCGUCAACAUCGGCCUUGCGUUAAGCGAGGACCCGUAUCUGCUGCGGCUACUGGGGGUGACGGAGAAGCACGAUCGGCGGAGAGAUGUUGGGUUUGACUCCAGCAAUAGUGAGGAGGAGGAAGAGUUUACUGGAUUUGGGAGCUCAAGAGUAUGUCCACCAAAACCUAAAAUCACGGCCUCCAAGAGAUCGGUCAGUCAGGCCAAGCCGCCUCGAGUUUCAGACCAGGUGCCGGAAGCAAAGCCUCUUAUUGGAAAAAUUAUUCCUAAGACCCCAAAACCAGCUCUGAUUGGGAAAAUUGUACCUAGAGUUCCCAAGGAAGGGCAGGAUGUUAAGGAGAGCCCAGUUAAAGAAAUAGAAUUGCCAAAAGUUGUGAUUAAAGUGCAAGACAAGGGGUCUCUCACAGCAAAAGCCAAACAUGCAGAAAAGCAGACCUCAGCCAGACAGAGCAGUACAUCAUCAGCUGACAUUAUUGGCAAAGCAGGAGAAGCAACAUUGAACCAAACGACCACCAAAUCAGUUAGUGACGCUAAACCUCAUGAAAAAGUGUCGAGCAUAUCUCAAGCAGUCGUAGUUGCAGAGCAAGCUCAUAGAGCAGUCAGAGCAGAAGGUGAGAUGUUGGAGAACUCGGAGACGUCCCAAGCAAAAGGAUCUGGAAAGCUGAAAAGUGGUUUUCAAAUUGGACACACUUGGCACUCAGCUCAAGGCGGCGCCAGCUCCUUUACGUCCUUUCACGGGCAUCAGGGUAUGAUGAGGAUGGUUAAAGGUUUGGGUGCUUCUCCAGAGGCUGCAGCGCAAACUGAACAAGAGGUUGGGAGGUCACUCAAGGGCAAAGCUACAGAGACUUCAGUGAAGAGAGCACACAAAAGGCAUCGAGGCAGAUUUUUGUUCGGGUAUAGGCGCAAACCAUCAACGGAGGUAUCGGGUAACAAACGGCCAAAAAUCGGUCGGGUUCGCACACGGCAUGUCUUUUACACCUACGUGCCAGAGUCACUUCCAUCUGUGGAAAGUACAGAACAGCAGGCUCCAAGUAUCGAGCCAUCAGAAGAAACAAAGCCCAGUUCAGAGCAGCUAUCUCAGGGUUCUAACAACACCAAUACGACUGUAACGAGUGGACGGUCUUCCCGUGUUAUCAAAACCCCAAAGAGAUUCCUGAACGAGGAAAUUAUUCCAUUUCCAAAGGGUUCUCUGUCAACAUGGCUGAAAAGUCAGCAGAAAGACGACACAAAACCCACCUUGUCCCUUAACGAAUCAGGUUACGACGGCAGCUCACAGCCGUUAGACAGCUUCCCCACAUCUGUGUUAGACAGCUCGUUGCUUGAGUCAAAGAUCUCAUCUAAACCCAGUCCAGACGCAAGCCACGUCGAGAUCUACAAAAACUUAAAGAAACUCACCUUAAAACUGGCAGAGAAAAAGAAAACCCAGUCCGGGUUUCAGGAGGACUACACGGACCAGGACGACAGUUUAACUUUCCACCACAGGAAGAGACGGAGGCCCAAGAUCAUGAUGGAGGAGAUGGACUCUCCAGGAGUUGUGAGGAAAGUGUCUGUGGUGGUCAAGACAGGUGUGGAAAUUCCAGAGGAAACUCCAGCAGAAGACAUAGGAACUAACAACAAAGAUACAGCAGCAGCUGUGACAGGGGACCCCAGUUGUGACAUGUUGGAGGUGGGCGGGCCCAGCCAUCGGAUCGGUCUCAGUGGAGCUAAUAAGAGGAUGCUGCACCUGCUCAAGAAAGCCAAAGUCCAGCUCAUCAAGAUUGAUCAGCAGAAGCAGCUCAAGCUCUCACAGUUGAGUUCAAGGGAAUCACAGGUGGCAGUGUGUGGAAGAAGGAGGAAAAGGAGGAGAGCCGGCUUUUCUCCUAAGGAGUAUGGGCCACAGGAGCAGCCACUCAGAGGUCCAAGGAUCAAGCAUGUGUGCCGGGCAGCCGCUGUGGCUUUGGGACAGCCUCGUGCCUUGGUGCCAGAUGAUAUUCCCAGACUCAGCGCUCUACCGCUUCACGAGAGGGAGGGCAUCACCUUCUCCCCCGCAGCAGAAGAUGUGGCUGAUGAUGAUGAUGACGAUGAUGAUGACAUCUCUGAUCAGGGCAGGGCACAGUGGGCGGUCUCUCAGGAAAGCAUCCAGCGCAGGAGGCAGAAAAAGGGCCACAAGUUCCGAAGGAGGAGGAUAUUGAGUCAGUAUUUACCCGGAGGAGUCCGUUCGAGACGCUGUGGAAUCUGCAAAGGAUGCUCCAUAGAGGGCGAUUGCGGGGAAUGCAUGAAUUGUCUGGAUAAGCCCAAGUUCGGAGGGCCCAACACCAAGAAACAGUGCUGCAUAUACAGAAAGUGUGACCGGAUUGUGAAAGCAAAGAUUGGCCGUACUGGAAAACCACUAAAAAUCCACUCGAGGCAGUUUUCAGCUUCAGCGUCCAGCAGUGAUGUGAACUACGGCGUCGGAGAAGCAGGGGAAGGAUCGUCCUCCAUGACGUUUGGCAUCAGGAAGCAGUCACUGCGUAAAAUCAAGCCGCGCUCCUACAGCGGAUUGCUAAAAUCCGAAUCCGAAGAAGAGGAGGAAAAAACAGAAAAGGAGAAAGCAGGCAAUCCAAAUGCAGCUGCUUCUUCACGCCAAGGCGUUUCAGCUCAAAAUGGUGUUUUGCUGCCAGAUGACCAAAUCACUGAGUCGAUGAGGAAUCGCCGGGCAUUCCCUAAAACUGCCAGCAGCAGACAAAGACCGUACAAGGCACAGGAGAACGCAGAAGAGAAGCAGCGCAGAGAAACUUUCCCAGAAUCCGGAUCGAUCAGGAACCCAGUGCCGAAGCUGCAGAAGCAGCUGCAGAUACAUUUGUACCGUCUGCCUGCGUACAUCCUGAAGACUGGCUCUCAGUCUUUGCCGUGGCAGAUGCCUCAGUUUGUGGAUCAGUCCCAGCGUUUAACACAGCUUCCUAUUUCACAGCCAUCGUGUAACGUAACAAACUCUCCUCCAGAAUUGCUCCAACUUGAAAUGUAUCCUGCUUCUGUAUUGCCAUCACCUCCCAUUGCAGACUCUCCACAGAAAUCUCCUCUGUUACGUUUGCCUCCGCCUGCGGUGCAGCCAGGCUCAGGUUUGCGCGAUCCAACACCACAAUCAACUCGACAACAGCCAACAUCUGCCUCGUGCUCAGCUGUGGCAGAGGUUUUGCCACAGAAGUGUGAUCAGGGAUGUGAGCCUGAAGUAAAGCAUCCAGACAGUCUAAUGGAUGUAUGCUCAGCCAAUGCAGAUAAAACUGUGGGCAAAGCUUUUCCAAACCCUUCCUGGACUUUUAGUCCAGGCAAAAAGUUACAGAAGCAACAGGAGCAGGAGGACGCGCACGGGUUGCAGCAUGAAGAGGACAAGGCGACGCCUUCUGUAAAAGAGACCGAGCUGCAAAGCUGUCCAACAACUGAUCCACAAUAUGUGCUUCGUUCCCAGAAUCCUCCUGAAUGUGCAUCAGUGAACACGCUGACAGGGUUAACUAACGGCUUUCUUCAAAAGGGCGUGUUGCAGCUCAAGCACAAGAUCCGUGUGGACUUUAAGGAGGACUGUGCUGUGCAGAAUGUGUGGCUAAUGGGCGGCCUCAGCGUUCUCACCUCAGUCCCAACCACUCCUCAGCCUGUCUGCCUGCUUUGUGCAAGUAAAGGAAAAUAUGAGAUGAUAUUUUGCCAGAUCUGCUGUGAACCUUUUCACAAUUUCUGCCUCACACCUGAUGAGCGCCCCAAGGAGGACUCUAAGGAGAACUGGUGUUGCAGACGCUGCAAAUUCUGUCAUGUGUGCGGCCGUAGAAGCAAGAAGGCGAAGCCUGUCUUGCAGUGCAGGAGAUGCCAAACCUCCUACCACCCUUCCUGCUUGGGUCCAACGUACCCGAAACCAAUGACUGCCAAAAUGGCCUGGGUGUGUAUGACGUGUAUCCGUUGUAAGAGCUGCGGCGUUACUCCUGGGAAGACCUGGGACAUGGCCUGGAACCAAGAGCAUGACCUCUGUCCCGACUGCACUGGCCUCAAUAAGAAAGGUAAUUUCUGCACCGUCUGCAACAAGUGCUAUGAAGAUAACCAAACCUCUAAAAUGAUGCGGUGUUCGGCGUGCAGCCACUGGAUUCACCAUGGAUGUGAAGGAAUCUCAGAAGAGCUUUUUGGGCUUAUGUCAAGCCAGCCAGACAAAGUAGCUUUCAUCUGCACAGCCUGCAGGCAGAGCCACACUGAACAAGGCAGCUUGAAGGAAGUCCUGCAGAGCAAGCUGCUAGCCGGCCUGAAGGAGGUGCUCACUGACCUCCUCUCCUCCAGCACCACUCAGCACCUCCUGCUCUGUAAAGAGUGUCAGAAGUCAAAUGAGACGGCGUCUUUCAGGGCGCAGCAACAAGUCUGUGAUCUACGAGCUGUGGACGAGAAGUUGAGAGAGGGCGGUUACACCUCAAUAAAAGCGUUUCAUUGGGAUGUUGCUGCUGUGAUGAAAAAAUGGGUGAAGGAAGAGGAACUGCUUUCUGAGGAUCAGAGGCCAACAAAUCAGUCCAAAGCACAUUAUGUUCAAGUUAUGAAACAGGCUUUUAGCUGGUUUUCUGUUUCCCAUCUUAAGAAGUGGAGCACAUUCUCUGAAGAGUUGCCAAGUGGCAUGCUUCCCGAGGCCGUCCUUCCUCCUUCGAAGGAGCACAGCUAUGCACAGUGGAUGGAGAGAGCGUUCCACACCAGGGAAUUCAAGGGCUUGGAGACUCAGACUGGCUAUACGCUGUCCUCAGUCGCUACACAGGAGGCUCGAGCUAAGAUCAGUGUCCCUGAGUGUUCACAAGAUUCCUCUAAGAUGAAAGAUGUGAGGCAGUGUGCUCUCUGCCAGCAAUAUGGAGACGCCACUCCCAGUGAUGCAGGACGGCUGUUGUACUUGGGGCAGAACGAGUGGGCACAUAUCAACUGUUGCCUGUGGUCUGCGGAGGUCUAUGAACAGAAUAGCGCUCUUCUACAAGUGCACUGUGCUGUCUCAAGGGGGCGCCACUUGCGCUGUGAUCGAUGUGGUCAGUGUGGAGCCACAGUGGGCUGCUGUCUCGACACCUGCCAGAGUAAUUACCACUUCAUGUGCGCUCGUGCAGAUAAGUGUGUGUUCCAGCAGGAUAGGAAGGUAUACUGCUACAAACACAGGGAUCUCGUUGGCGCAAAGAUGGUGUCAGGGAGGGGGUUUGAGGUCCCUCGCCGGGUGUAUGUGGACUUUGAGGGAAUCAAUCUGAGAAGAAAAUUCCUCACAGGCCUUGAACCAGAAAGCAUAAACAUGACAAUAGGCUCUCUCCAGAUUCAGAAACUCGGUGUGUUGUCAGAGCUGUCGUCAAAUGGAAGGAUGCUUUAUCCUGUCGGUUAUCAAUGCUCUCGGUUGUAUUGGAGCACAGUGGACCCCCGCAGACGCUGCAAGUACACCUGUAAGGUGACCGAAGUGAGCACACCUCUCCCUGGUGAAGAACAAGAUCUGAGGUUGGACAGAGAGGCGAACCACACCAUAGUCCACAGUCCCAGUCGCCACAGAGAUAUGGAGUCCGAAGAUGGCUACAGCCCCUCUUCCAGCCCAACAAAGUCCACGACCCCAUCUCCGAACUCGAAAACAUUCAACACAUCAGGACCUAAGAGUCCUGGUUACACACAGACCAGGAGACCAGCAGGCGGAUCAUCACGUCCACUCCCGUCUCCAGGAUCCGCUUCUCACAAGUCUCACCACAUCCUCACUCUGAGGGACCUUGACGACAACAGGCGGCCUCGCAGGCUCUCAUCUAGAAGCCGCCGCAGCACCUCGCCAACAGAAACCAACCCGUCUUUAACGAUGAGCCUCCGUCUCGGGGGGUCCGUCGGCUCCAGAUGCGCUCUGUUAAGCUCCCCGCCAAGAUCAACAACCUUAGGGUCCGCCUCUCCUCCUCUUUCACGACAAAACUCAACGUCUCCAGUCUGGAACUCCCCUUCGAGAUCAGGUUCCAGCAUUUCAGGAGGUUUUUCACCUCGACAAGGUGGCGUCACCCACUCUCCCGGAGGGACGCAAAACUUUAAAAUCACAACUCCGGUGACUGCAGAGGUCCCACAAGACUUCCUGGCGUCAUCGGAAGCAGAAGAGGCUGCUGUAGCCACGACAAACGGGAUCUCACUCGCUCCUGAUAACCUGGAGGAGGACAUAGCUGACCUCAUGUCUCAGGAGCUGCCGUACACCGUGUUCGACGCGGACGUAGCUGUGGCUUCAAUGCUUAGCACGAAGCUGGAGUUCGACGAGGCUCUUCUUGCCGAGAACGUGGCUCUUGGCAGUGGUCGAGUGGAAGGCAUGAUGCAGGACAUGGAAAUACGAGAAGACAAUCAAGAGAAUAGCUCUGAGGAUGAAGACUCUGGCCAUUACUCUAAGAUUUCACGCACAGUUGUGUGUAACACAGCAAGCGACUCCGACGCCUCAAGUCUGCCUGCUCCAGCACAGUCGAUCUCCCAGUUGGACGGGGCGGACAGUGGGUCAGAGACAGAGGAAAGUGAGGACAAAGCUAAAGUAAUAGCUGUUCCAGGAACACCUACAAAACAUCUAACAGUUGCUCUCCAGAGGCUGGAGUCCAUCUUCACUCUGCCAAAGUCAAACACUGAGAAGCAAAUAUCCAAACCAGAGUAUCUGGAAAGCUCUUCCUCACCUGUUUUUCUGGAAUCCAAUUCCAUGAGUAAUGAACUGUCUUUACAGGAAGAGGAGGUCCCAUUAGCCACAGACAGUCCAACAUCUCAGACGGAAUUGUUUUUGGAUCCAGCAAUGGGUCACUUUGUUUCAGCCAAAGACGGUUGCACGGUGAACUCAAACCAGGGUGCAGCUCCCGACAAAGACGAAACCUCAUCAAACGACUCGACUGAUGUGUUUCAAGAUGAUUUAAACGAUCCCGAUUUUUCUCCCCAAUCUGAAUCUAAAAAAUCUCCCUCGAUCAUGCAGAAGAGAACCAUCGUCAUAAAGAGAAAGGUGUCUGCACCAAGCCUCUCCAAGCCUCUGCUGCCCAAACAGUGUCUACAGUUGAAGCCGAACAUCACCCUCAUAGCGCCUAACGUCUGUAUCAGCUCAGUUUCUCCCUCUCCUGCUGCUUUCUCUGCUGUCCCGCAUCCAGCCUCCUCCCCUUUUUUUAUCAACGGCCUAAAUGCUUUACCCAUUCAGCCCGGCGCCACUCGAGGCAGACCCAUCGCAAUCCGCUUGGACAGCUCGAAACCAGAGAGUUCCCAGCAAGCGGAGGGGAAUCAGAAUCAGUCUGAGGCGGCGAACUCACCCGGCCCACAGACUCCUGUCCGCCAGGUCCUGCUUGUCAACCGGCAGGGACAGAUUCUCGUCAAAGACCCCAAAUCAAACACUUUUCAGACACUUCCUGGAAACUCGCCUGCUUAUAGCAGAAUUAGCCAAAUUGCCAAGUUUCUCCACAGAGGAAACAGUUUAAAUCAGUCUGUCCCACAGAUCAUGUUAAAGCCUCAGCCCAGCUCUUCAGAUCUGAACAUCUCUCCUCCCACCAACCACGUAACUCCAGAGAGAAAAGUCAUUGUCAAAGUGAUGCCAGUGAAACCAGUCAUUGCUCCAGCUUCUUUAGUUCCCGUCAGCAUGCAGACUUUUUCUCCGGCUAGUUUCUCCCAGAUGGAAGAGCGCACCACGCAGGCUAUCAUCAACAGAGCGAUGGCCACCGAAAUGGAGACGCCCAGGCCGGUGCCGAUCAUUCUCAAAAACACUUGUAGAAGAAAGGCGAGGCAGCGACAACCAACACAGCUCACAGACACGGAGGACUCGGAUCAGUCAUCAGUGGGGCGUUCAGAGUCCCCCAGUAUUUUCCAGAAUGAGCCGGCACACCCCCUGGUCAGAGUGAAGAGGGUGUCUUCGCUUUCAGAAAGGGCGUCCAAGAAAAAGUCAAAGAUAGACUGCUUAAAGAAUCCGUCUAGUGAAACAGAGGAAACGCUGGAAGAAAGGGCAAGUGGUGUUCGAAUCAAAGCUCCAACAACAAACGACGUUCUUGAUCUGGACCAGGUGAACGUGUGUGAGCCUGAGCCGAUGAAGAUCAGUGUUCCUCCUCCUCCUCCUACACCUACAUUCAGGCGCCCUCGAGCUGAGAGCCCAGCUCCACCUUCCAGACCCACCAUUCAGUCACACUGUAAAACCCACACGUGGGUCAGCUCUCGUCAUGGAGAGCUUUCUGAGUGGGCUCCGUAUGCAGGUUUUAGCUCGGAAGAUGAUGCCCCUGCACUGAAAUACAGGAAGAAGACUUGCAUGAAUCAGCCUCACCUGCGGUUUGAAAUCACCAGCGACGACGGCUUCAGCGUUAAGGCUAACAGCAUAGAGGUGGCGUGGCGCGCCGUGGUCGACGGCGUCCUUGACGCUCGAGCGGAUUUCCAUCUGAAGCAGCUUCCUUUGGGCGUGAUGAGCGCCCAGCGGGUGCUCGGCGUCGUCCACGAUGCCGUCAUCUACCUGCUGGAGCAGCUCGAGGGCGCAGCCAGCUGCAAGCGGCACCGCUUCCGCUUCCAUCGCUGCGAUGACGCCGAGGAGGAGCUGCCUCUCAACCCGAGCGGCUGUGCGCGAGCCGAAGUUUACACACGGAAAGCAACGUUUGAUAUGUUCAACUUCCUGGAAUCUCAGCACAGACCUCUCCCUGAGUUAGUAGGCCCCUUCGAUGAAGACGAGGAUGAAUUCCCACUCAAAUCCUCCAGACGGGCCACCAGCAGUGAGCUUCCCAUGGCAAUGAGGUUCAGACACCUGGAAAAAAUCUCCAAGGAAGCAGUAGGCGUUUACAGAUCUCCGAUUCACGGCCGCGGACUUUUCUGCAAGAGGAACAUCGACGCUGGGGAGAUGGUGAUCGAGUAUGCUGGCACAGUCAUUCGAGCUGUUCUGACGGAUAAACGGGAGAAAUAUUACGACAGCAAGGGCAUUGGCUGCUACAUGUUCCGCAUCGAUGACUUUGACGUGGUGGACGCAACGAUGCAGGGCAACGCGGCCCGCUUCAUCAACCACUCGUGCGAGCCGAACUGCUACUCCCGCGUCAUCAACGUGGACGGCCGCAAACACAUCGUCAUCUUCGCCCUGAGGAAGAUCUACCGGGGCGAGGAGCUCACCUACGACUACAAGUUCCCCAUCGAAGACGACGAAAACAAGCUGCACUGCAACUGCGGCGCCAGACGGUGCCGCCGCUACCUUAAUUAGUAAUUCUGGUCAUGGACAUCAGCUUUCUGUAACAAAAAGCCAUCUUUUCUGAUGAAUACGAAGGAGCUUAAUUUAUAACAAAUCAUGGGCAGUGUGUCUUCUCAUGCCUGUCCAUAAAUCAUCGGCUAAUUUCCGAGUUCUAGACAAUUGUAGCAUUCUUUUGGAUUUCAAGUAGUCUUUUCCUUGCACUCUGCACUCGCUCAAGGUGUCCUUUGUUGGUGACGUCUGUUGAAAUUGAGUCUAGACACAUAAUUACCAAAACACCCACAAACAGAGCUCACCAGCAGACCCCGAUUGCAGUUAUUACCGAGUAAAGAAGGAGCCGCCGGCUGGUGGAAGGAGCGCAUCUGCAAAUACAAGAUCAGAAAGAGGUGGAUGAGGAGAAUUUAUUCAGCACCUUACUUUGACACAACCUCCUCUGGCAGCAUCGCCGUGGCAGCAGACUGGACACAUUUCAGACAGAGUAAACACAUUACACCCAAAGCACCUUGUGUACAUUGUAGAGCAGCUACAUUUUAACUCUUCUCCAGGGAGCAGGGACUUCAGUGUUUUAGGUCUUGGUGUUAUUUAUCCCUAAAAAGUUAGUUUUAAUAGUCCUCCCUCAGUUCUUCCCCCCUCCAGUCAGUUAAAUGUUUCUACUUUUAUUUGUGAUGGAAGAAAUAAUCCGAACGCUUUUAUCUCACUGAUAUUCUGUUCGUUUGUUGUUUUUUGUGUGUAUUUUAAGGCUCAUGAGGGAGAAUCUUCUUGUUGCUGGACUCUCCAAUCCUGCCAUGCAGUUCUUUCUAAAUCGUUUUGUAUAUUUGAACAAUAAAUGUCUAUUCAACCAACUGAAACGUGUUUGAGCUUUGAACCAGCUGAAGGUUGAUGAACAGAAAGGAAUCUAAUGUUCAUGUCUCAGGUGUACUACCUCCAAGGUUUUAUAAAGCAAGGUUGUAUCAAGUUAAACGUUUAACAAACGUCGCUUCCUUGUUAAAUCUUUCUAAUACGAAAAGUAAUACACAUUUAGUACUAAUAAGCGUCAACUACUAUUCUGAACGUGAGUCCGCUCUCAUUGGGGGGAACCGGAUGAAGUCACUGGUUGUGUAAUAAAUUUUUUUCUCGUUUGACAUUUUAAUUGAAUUUCAAUCCAUGAUACUUUACAGGUGGACUAUGGAUCCUGUAAAUACUUGUAUAAAAAAGUUCUAAACCUGUUACAUAUUUUUUUACCUUCAUUGUUUUUUUUAUUUAUGUUGAAUAAAAGUUUGUUUCAAAGUUUC